CGCGCGUUGCCAGGAUCAACAAUAAACAAACUCCCUCAGCGACUCAUCAGCAAUGGAACUGUACCCAAUCCAUCGACCGGCGGCCCGCUUGACACAGGGAAGGGGUGAGCUUGUAGCAAUGUUCACGUGGAGUCAGUCGAGGAGGAACAUGAAGGUAGAGAGGAGAGCCGCGCGUGACGGCCGUCAUCCAUCCUAGGCAGGGCUAAUGACUUGUGGCGGUCUGACGGCUGGCGAACAUGAGGCUGUUGAGUAUGUGUCGGCUGUGGCUGGUGGCGAUUCUGACUGGGACUUCAUAUGCAACCGUGGCCCUUGAGUCUGAGUUCCCUGUGACGAUCAAGGACAAUGGGUACAGGAAUGUCUUGGUAGCGAUAUCCAGUACCAUAGACCAAGAUGAGGCUGGUGACGCGCUAAUAGAAGACAUUAAGAAUGCGAUGACGGAGCUGUCGAAGGCUAUGAAACGAGCGACCAGGGAGAGACUGUACUUGGCUGAGGUCACUAUUCUCCUCCCGAAGACGUGGCCGGGCGCUGACAAAUACCAGGAGGGCACCCUUGAGAAGUACGAGGACAGCCUGAUUCGCGUCCUGCCCCCUAACCCAGUGUACGGCGAGCAGCCUUACACGGUGCAGCCUGGACAGUGUGGCGAGCCUGGCCUUUACAUUCAUCUCACCUCCCGCUACCUCAGAGACGAUGAUGUAUCCUGCAGGUGGGGGGAUAGAGGUAAGGCGCUAAUGAAGGAGUGGACACGACUACGGUGGGGCGUUUUCGAUGAGUCAGGCUACAAGGAUGACCCAAUCUUUCCCCUCUACUACCCACAAGCCAAUGCCGAGGAGGAGCCCCAUCUGAUUCCUAACGUGUGCUCUGAUGAACCGGUUAAUGGAAAGUAUAUGAAGCCAUCUAGUGGGGCGGAGUGUAAGCUGAAGGAGGAUGAGGAGUGUCGAUUUGUGCCUAAAUAUUUGCAGAACGCCUCCUCCUCUCUCAUGAGCAACCACCAUCUGUCCACCGUGCACGAGUUUUGUGACGGUGAUGGAAAGACUCACAACAGCCGGGCCCCGAAUCGCCACAACCUGCUGUGUGGAGGACAGUCUGUGUGGGAAGUUAUAAGCAAAAACGUGGAGUUGGAAGAAAAUUCCAAAGAAAUAGCUCAAGGAUCGUCGGUGGAGCCUGAGUUCACAGUAGUACGCGAGGUGCCUACUAAGUACAUGUUGGCGCUGGAGAGGACGCCAGCGGUGAGAGGGAAGAAAACCCUCAACGACAAACUGAAGGAGAGACUGACCAAGUGGUUGAGUGAUGGCGUGUCUGACCAGAGUUAUGUGGGCCUUGUGGAGUUCGGGAGUGUUACUAUGAAGACGAGUAUGAACUUAGCAGGCAGUGGAUCAACCCGCAAAGAUCUCAUUGACAAGACAUCAGAUGUAACGGCAAUAGAGGCUCCACCCUGCUACGGAUGUUUCCUGAGCUCCUCGCUGCAGCUGAUGCAGGGAAAGAUGAACAACUCUGUAAUCCUGCUGGUGGCGAGCGGCGAGGAGCCCUUCACGGAAUCUUGGGAGAGCCUCUACCUCAACAAGCUGAAGAAACACAACACUCGCGUCCACUUACUGCUGCUCUCGGAGGAAGGAAAGGGCGCCGCCAAACUGAAGGUACUGAGCGAGGCCACCAUCGGCAGGCUGAUCCCCGUGAAGCAAGGUGAAGAGGACAAAGCUGUGAGGGAACUUAUCGAGGAAGCUCAGCGUGCGGAAUCCUCAAGCUUCAAAGAGGAGAAGAUAAUGUUACAAGACUCAUCGAUCAAGGGCAAAACUAAGAAGCUGAACAGUACCUUUGGCGUGGACGAGAGCGUGAGUGAUAGCAUUUCCUUCAAGCUCACCACGGACAGGUCCCAACACGUGUCCCGCUGGCCCUUCCUCGUCACCCCGGCAGGACAGAAGGUUACCACGGAAACAAAUGGAGCGCGUAAUCAAUUCACCACCACUGUGACCAACCCUGAGGUCGGGUUGUGGCGUUGGGAGGUGGAAGUAUCUGGCUCAGACCUCUACACCAUCAACGUGACGGUCUCAGCGCCGCCCACCGAUACGGAGGCUCCUCUGGUGGCGGAGGCGUGGAUGAACGCAAAGAGUGGAGACACCUUGGAUGCCUCGACCGGGCAGCUCCACCUGUACACCCGCGUCAGGAAGCAGGAGUCACCGGUCACAGGCGCCUCCGUCAGGGCCUUGGUGAGUCAGGAGAAGCCACCGCCGCCCCUCGAGAGGUGCAGCUGCUGGAUGUAGGCGCCGGGGCAGACACUCUUGCUGGCGAUGGAAUUUACUCCCGCGCCGUAACCUUCACUGACGAGGACGUGUAUUACUUCAAGAUUGUGAUUUCAGACAACAGCUCCUCGUACUACAAAAAGGAGUCGUUCCAGCACACUUCCAUGCAGGACAUCCGCUACCCGAUCCUCGACAGCUGCCUCGAUGCAUCCUCAGAAG